AUGUCCCUCGAAGGAAUCCCGGUCGUUCCCCAGGUCUUGGCCUCCGUCUUACAGGCCCCUACCCCCGAUGCAGCCCCUGAUGCGCCCGAGGAGAACCCAGAGCCACAGCCCUCAGCAACCCAGCCGAACGCGUCCAAGAACCCACGGGGUAGGCCCCGCAAGAAUGGACCCAAGAGCCAGACGGCCGCAGUCGCUACCGCGAAGAAGAAGAGGGGAAGACCGCGCAAGAACGCACCUGAGACCGGCACAAACACUUCGGCGGAAGGAGGGGAAACGGAAGGAGGGGGAGCGGCGUCCACCGUUCCGCGCAAACGCAGGGUGAGGGUGAACCUCAUGGAAGACAUGGAAGACGCUCAGGAAAGGAUGCUCCGAGAAUCCAGAGUUGAAUGUGAUUGGAUUCUACAACAACGCUGUCCCGCGUGUUUCGGCUCACAGGUGUUUGGCAAAGACGCCAACGGAGGAGCCAGCAACAUUCAAGUGUGUGUGGACGGGAACUUCAGCCACCGGCACAUACGAAGGGACGCCGACCACCAGCGCCAGCACUUUCCUCCGGAGUAUUAUCUGCCCAAAGCCUACGUCGACAAGGUCGGAAGCCACAUCGACCUCGUUCGCGACAACCAGCCCAAGGCGCGCGACCCCAAGGUUCCCGACGAAGCUGUAGAUGAAUGCGAAGAUGGCCACAUCGCCGGAAAAGGCACGAACGUCAAGACGAGCACCCAGAUGUACGAUGACACGGGCACAAUGGCACUUGUCUGCCGGCAUGAUGUCCCACUUUUCCUAGCCAACAUCGACACCCCCGGCGAACAGCAGAAAUACGCGGUAGCGCUCAUCAAGAAACUAUAUUCAUUACUGCCGAAGGAUGCUACAGUAGACGUCUUCUAUGAUGUGGCGUGUGUGCUGGACAGGAGCUUGGAAACUUAUGACAUCCUCCCUGAUGCACUGACAAGCCGCCUAUGCCUAAUCACCAGCGCCAUGCACUCGUAUGCCCACCAGUGGUCGUGCCAACUUUAUUACAAUCCCCGUCUUCGCAAAUUUACCGGGCUAACGGACGGCGAGGGAGUAGAAAGGUUCUGGGCAAAACAUCGGAGGGUGAUACCACUUAUGCGAGUUUCGGGGCGGGAGAAACGACUCCAACUUAUCGAUCGACUUACCGCCGCUAUCGGGGCAGAGGCACGAGAUGGUCUUGGUUCGUGGAUCAAAGCGCGAGCCAAGCUCGUCCAGAAAUACCGCGUGGAAGCCACUGCCGAACUUCGAGCCUGUGGGACUCCUGUCGAAGAACUACGGGAGCUGUGGAAAGACCAACAGAAGGCGGGACAGUCGAUACGAACGCUGCGUCCGUCGAAACUCAAGAAAGACUUAGACUUGAUCUUGGUCUUACAAGGUGAUCUUGACCGUCUCGAAGCACGAAUCGAAGAGGUCGCCACCGGACUCAACGAGGACUUUCCCGAGGACCACAAGCAAGGAGUCCUGGCCGCCCUGAAUGCCGCCUACGCGGCGCUCAAGAGUCGAAUUGAGGCCACCUACCUGGCAAUCAACGUAGGCGAUGAACAUCCGGAGCUGCAAGGGCUCGACUACGAGUUCGUCAAGGCGUUGCUUCUCCUUCGAGAUCUCAAAAUCAGCAUACGCCGACGAGCCAUCGCUCAAUUCUUCGAGCGCGAAAAGCUUCAGAUGCCCUCCAAAGGGCGAGCUAAUCCUCUUGGCAGGGUCUUAGGAACCAAUCUCCAUCAGUUAACGCGCAAGGCGAUUGCGAAACGACAGCCAGCACUGCAAUCAGCGAUUCGUAGAUUCAACACACAGCUCGUGAAUUUGAAGAAGUUACACAAGAAGGAAUACAACAUACCCCUGCCCAACCCACUCCCGACUGAUCUCGACGAACUACGCGACCAUUCGGACAUCAUGGAGGAUGUUUGGACCACCCACAGUCCUCAUCCGGUUCCCAAGUGGUUCGAGAGCGCUGAAGUGCGAAAGGGUAUCCGUGCCAUGUUGAAGCUCGAUCGAUGCCAAGAAGAAAUGGAACGACUAGGUAUUGAGGCUGACAACAUGUGUCGCUGGUACGGGCGUCAGCUGGCCAACAUCGAGUUUGCAUUGGCGCAACCCCGCUGCCAACGUUUCGCGCACGAACUAACGAUCUACCGCGACCACCUUUACUCUCUCAAGUCGAGCUGGGCCAAUAUUUUUGCCAGCACUGUCCGUUUUGAUGCCCAGAUUACCGCAUCAAAACAAGUCGUACCCGGUGGUCCAAGCAUCCCCCUUCGAUGGAUAGGACCCUCAGUAUCGACAAUGGAUAUCCUCCCUCGCCACGAACCAUUGCCAGCUAACGACCACGAUCCCAAUCUUGAAACGCUCGCCGUUCUCGAUGAAGACGAAAUAUUUGCCGCGCCGGAGGCUCCCAAAAGAAAUGCUACAUGCAAGUAUUCAUUUGUCUGGGCCAGCCCACCGGGUUUGCGUUCCGACGAUGCGAUUUUCGACCUCAUCAGCACCCAGCCACCCUUAAGCCCUGACACGGACCACCGGUUUCGACACCUGGAGGCUCGAUCCGGCAUCCGUGAAGGGGCCAUUCAGGUCUGCCCUUCAAGUCUUGAUAUCAUGGCGUCGCCCGGCGCGAUGCUGGACGAAGUGUGUAUCAACAGCGGCGCCGCGCUUCUCCAACACCUAUUUUCGGAUCCCCAAUACCCGACUGCAGCCUAUAGCGACCAUUGUGCCCUUUUCUCAUCAUUCGACCUACUUGCAGUAAGGAGCCAGUGCUCGCUCUUGUACACGUGGGACCAGACGAAGCACACCGAAUUCUGGCGCAAACCGCUUUGGAUUCUCCCAAUUAACCGCCGACAUCCCGACCAUUGGGUUGUUUGCGCGAUUUACCCAGCCCACCGCCGCAUCCUCCUCUUCGAUAGCCUGGCCACCAAGCAACCGUGGGAUAUCCUAGCGUUUCUCGAUCAGCUUGUGCUCGCCGCCGGAGUUCAUCAGCUAGAAAUCGGGGUUUCUGUCGGACAACACUGGGAAAUCAACCCUACCACCAUCCGCAGAAUCCAGGAGGACGGCACGAGUGGGGGUGUCUGGGUGCUGGCGCAAGUGGCUGCGAUUUUGAGGGGCUUCCACACUACUCCACUCGCACAGGUCCACCUACCGGCAUUCCAGUCUUUCUUGUAUCGCCACAUGCUGUUGAUGCCUACCAAAGAUAGUUCUAGCAAUUUACGAUAG